UGUUACUGGAACAAAAUGAAACACUUGCCGCGCUUCGAAACAAAGCGCAACGUAAAUAAAAUAGUAGCCAACGAUUUCAUGCUUCAUAUUGAUCCAAUAACAGAUUGGUGUUUCACUUUGUUCGGCGAUUUUUUUGCGUUUCGUAUUCAUCGGCGAAGAGUCAAUACGUUGUUUUUAUGCUCACGGGUUCAAAUCUAAUGCCAACAUUUCGAAUAUUUACAGUUGUGAAUUUGACGAUAAUCGGUAUAUGGCUCUGGGGCAUUGGAAAGAACAAACCCGGAUUGAUGUUAAUUUCAUUGAAUUUUUGGGCGCUUGCACUUUGUCUUUGGUUUGCCAUCAUAAUUUAUGUUAUCUACGAUGGAUUGUCGAAAGAUCAAAUACUAUACGAAUAUCGUGACAAUCAUCUUUACGCCUUGACAGUAUUUUGUGUGAUUUUGUAUUUCGUUGCCAUUUGGAGCUACAAAUCAAUCAAAAGGGAUAUUCAAAGAGAAUCAUGGGAAACUCAACGAUUUGAUGUAGUGUAUUCCGUGGUACCAAUCGAAAAUAAAGGAUGGAAUACAACAACUCAAUGAAAUGAAUCCCAAGGAUCUUGAAAUCGAAGGAACAAAAAAACUAUGUUCGAUGAACUGAUACAAAGAAGAACCAUAAUGAUGAAUACUUUUAAUGUAAAUUUAUUGAAGAAGUUGGUGGAUAUUUUUUUGUUUGAAAAAUAAGUGUAAAAAGCGGUUAUAUCGCGAUUUAAAAUGAACUGAAUGUAUGCCUAAGUUUAAAUUUACCACCUUUAGGUGGUAAAGUUUUGAGCUAUUUUGCUCAAGUCAACUUAUUGACUCGGGAAAAUGUGUUAUUUAUCGUCGUUUGAAUGACUUGAAAAUAAAAUAUAUAAUACAAACAAUCUGACUGUUAGAAUAUUAUGGCAAUUUUCUUCU